AGUUGCUUGUUCAUGAUCAGACAGUUUCAAAGAUGGCGCUCGCUAGUGUGUUGAACAGUGAUUCUGCGGAUUUUUCAUUUGAUAACCCCACGUCCUUUAGCUAUGGCUGUGGACUCGGGCAGAGCGACAUGGGCUUCACGUCCACGCCGGGGGACAGCCUGAGGUUUUCGGUCGCACCUCUGAAUGAUGUGGGCGACGAAGGCCUGGAGAGGAAAAUAGAGUUUCUCCACGGGACCACCACCUUAGCAUUCAAAUUCCAGCAUGGUGUCAUCGUUGCUGUUGACUCCCGGGCCACGGCAGGCUCCUACAUUGCCUCUCAGACAGUGAAGAAAGUGAUAGAGAUCAAUCCCUACCUGCUGGGCACCAUGGCCGGUGGGGCUGCAGACUGCAGCUUCUGGGAGCGCCUGCUGGCCCGCCAGUGUCGCAUCUAUGAGCUUCGCAACAAGGAGCGGAUCUCUGUGGCGGCGGCCUCCAAACUGCUGGCCAACAUGGUGUACCAGUACAAGGGCAUGGGCCUCAGCAUGGGAACCAUGGUGUGUGGAUGGGACAAGAGAGGCCCAGGACUAUACUAUGUCGACUCGGAGGGGAACCGGGUGUGCGGUGACCUGUUUGCCGUGGGCUCGGGCUCCAUGUACGCCUACGGUGUGAUGGACAGCGGCCUGCAGCACGACCUGACCGUAGAGGAGGCCUGCGAGCUGGGUCGCCGCGCCAUCUACCAGGCCACGUUUCGCGACGCCUACAGCGGGGGGCAGGUCAACCUGUAUCACGUCCACAGCAAGGGCUGGACCAGGAUCUCCCAGGAAGACGUGCUCAUGCUGCACCAGCAGUACAAGGAUCAGGCGUAGUCAUGCAGAGCACGAGCACAGCAGCGGGUGGGGGCGAGGAAGUUGAAGGCGGGUUGUGUAUGAAGGCGGGAUUCUAGGAAUUUACUCUGUUAGCAAACGUUUAAGAUAUUCUGAAAUGUAAGUAGGGUUGAGACAAAGAACAUUCAUCUGACAGAUUCAUUUCUACUCACAUAACCACAGUGACCCCUAGCUUAAAGCUUUAUGUUGUACCUCUUCUUUUUUUAACACUACCACUGAGCUAGAGUUACCCCACACAGUGUACGGUUUGAGGGGGUGCAGUUCCUCUAGCAGAAGGGGGACCGAUGAGUCAAGCGUGCUGUAACACAGUGUGGGAGUAACGCGGUGCCUGCCCUACAUACAUUUCAUUUGGAUCAUACCCUGGAAAAUUACGUCUUUUUUUCUCAAUAAAACCUGUGAUGUUUUUUCCU